GCGAGGCAACAAUGGGACACUCCUCGUAACAAGACUGGAAAGGAAAAAACAAUAGCCGAGAUAUCAGUCUCUCGACGUGAUGCCUCUUCCGUUCAUCGGUAGGCUGCAUGCCACCGAAUACAUCUCCAUUGUCGUGUCCUUCUUCCUCGUUGGCCUCGAGGUCAUCAUCCGAGUCCUGACACUGGCACUACCCUCGUUCCUCGUCGAAUUCUUCUACCGGGCCUCGCGACGACUGUUUAACGUGCUCACCUCGCCGGCGCAGAAGAAGGCAGAGAGCAAGAAGAAAUCGAUUUCCACCUCUGUGCGCGAUGCCUCCGAUUUCGUCGAGCUGUGCCGACUCUGGGGAUACGAAGCCGAAGAGCACAUAGUCCAGACAAAGGAUGGGUUCCUGCUGGGCUUGCACCGCUUGCAGUGGCGAAAGGGCGAGGAGGGCUCCAAAGUCAACUGCGGCCCGAAGAGCACCAAGAAGCGCGUUGCGUAUCUGCAUCACGGCUUGCUGAUGAACUCCGAGGUCUGGGUCUGCUUGACGGACGAGCAGAGAUGCUUGCCCUUUGAGCUUGUGGAAAGGGGGUUUGACGUCUGGUUUGGAAACAACCGCGGCAACAAAUACUCCAAAAAGUCGAUCCACAGCUCGCCCACGUCGCUCAAGUUCUGGGACUUUUCCAUUGACGAAUUCGCCUUCCACGAUAUCCCCAACAGCAUCGAGUACAUCCUCGAGACCACCGGCCAAGAGAGCCUCUCGUACAUUGGCUUUUCCCAGGGCACCGCCCAGGCAUUCGCGACGCUGGCCAUCCAUCCCAAGCUCAACCACCAGGUCAACGUCUUCAUCGCCCUCGCGCCCGCCAUGGCGCCCGCGGGCCUGUCCAACGGCGUUGUCGACUCCCUCGUCAAGGCCUCGCCCCAAGUCCUCUACCUCAUGUUCGGCAGGCGAUCCAUCCUCAGCUCCGCCACCAUGUGGGAGACGCUGCUCUACCCGCCCCUGUUCUGCCGCCUCAUCGACAUGGGCCUCUCGUUCCUCUUUGGCUGGCGCACCAAGAACAUCUCCGCCAGCCAGAAGCUCGCCGCGUACCCGCACCUGUACUCCUUCACGAGCACCAAGAGCGUCGUCCACUGGUUCCAAAUCAUCCGCAACAAGUGCUUCCAGAUGUACGACGAUGACGUCUACCAGCCCAUGAGCGUGGCCUCGUCCAGCAAGUACUCCAAAGUCGCAAAGUACCCGACCCGCAACAUCAAGACGCCCGUCGUCCUCGUCUACGGCGGCAGCGACUCCCUCGUCGACAUCAAGUCCAUGCUCAAGGAGCUGCCCCGCCAGACGGUCGCCACCGAGAUCCCGCACUACGAGCACCUCGACUUCCUCUGGGCGCGCGACGUCGACACCCAGGUCUUCCAGCACGUCUUCGACGCCCUCGACAGCUUCACCGACGCCGAGCACACCGCCGAAGAGUACGACCGGUACCACUUUGUUCGCCAGGAGAGCCUCGUGGGGUCCGCGUCCGUGCACGCUCAUCCGCACAGGGGCAGCGAGAGCGACGCCUCCGUCGUGGCGUCCUCGUCGUCGUCGUCGUCGGCGAGCGAAGAGGCCAAGAAGCUGCAGCACCGCGCACGGGAGCAGCGCGUCCCAAAGGUUGCGCCCGAUAAAGAAACAACCGCCAUCAAGAAGAGCGAGGACGAAGCCCGCCCUGUCGAGAAGCUGAAAGGAGUAGGUGUCCGGAGAGGAAGCGGUCCUUCUGGUGCUGUCACUCAAGCAGUCAGCGUCGACGGUGUACGAGAUGAGUGA